UAAGUGGACUGGCUGGCAACAAUAGCACGUUUCCUGGCUACGGUGGGGGAAGAUGGGAAGAGCAAUCCACGACAAACAGGCUGUACUCGAAGUGAGCCCAACAUCCAGCUCACACUCUCCUCUGGUUGGUAGUACCUUCCUCGACCGACCGACUAACCGACCGACCAAGCAACAACCAUUUCAAAUCAAUCUGGCCGCAGCCCAUACCUCGUUUGGCGUUGAUGUUAGGACAAUUCUUCCAAAGGUUGCCAUCCAAUCUUACACCGAAAUGGGUCUAGUCAUUACUACGCGAAAACACACUGCCACGAUGCUUCAUUCACCGCUACCUCCAUUGGGAGCGCUGUUCCUUAUCCUGAGCUUGACCACAUCAAUCUCCCUGGCCAAACCCUAUCACAAUCAAGGCGAGGACAGUCUUCAUUCUUCGGAACGAAUGAUCAAUUCAUACCACCGACAACAACAACCACAACAUCAUUCCUGGCAGCAACAACAGCAUCGAGGAACACACCAAGCCGAUCGCGUGGGUUUGGAGCGGCAAAUCCAGCCAUUGAGUUGCCAAUCCGAGAAAACUGGCGAGAAAGGCGUGUGCAUGUUUGCUUGGAAUUGUGUUGAGGCGGGAGGCGUUCAUUUACGCACAUGCAUCGAUAGGUUUUACUUCGGAAGUUGCUGCAAACUGCCAAAUCAAGAUAUUUCCAUGGCGGAGACCAAUGAGGUGAUGGAUAAUGAAGCUAUCGGAAACCAACCUCAGAUUGAACUCGAGUCUUCAACCCCAUCAUCUACAUCAUCUUCUUCAUCAACAUUAUCAUCAUCAUCAACGUCGAUACCGUCGAUAUUAUCAUCUAGCACUUCAGAUCCAACCGUUUUAACAUCGUCCCCUCCAGAAGGUAUGAGCUCAACGUCAGCUCAAACUGAGGUCGCAACUUCGACGACAACUGGUUCAGUUUCGACCACUACAGUCUCCCCUAUGAUGGACUUGGAUGUAUCUACGAUGGAGCCUUUAUCCUCAUCAACAACAGCUUCGGUAGACACAGCAUCAUCUGUCUCCAGCGUAAUGUCCUCAACUGGGGGUGCAACACCCACAACAAUGGAUGACAUAUCAACCGACGAUAUUUCAACAUUGACCUCGGAAACGUCUACCGUCGCCGACGAUUCGUCCUUUGAGGAGAUUCAAGAUGAUGACGAGGGUGGGGAUUUUGCAAAUACUACCACGAAAGUGGUGCCUGAUGAGGAAGUUUCGACCGAAGUGCCUGAUCUCUUGGAUGAGUUGGCAGUCAAAACUACCGGAGAAGAGUUUAGUGAAACAACUUCUCAAGUUAGUCAGACCACUGAUUUCCCUGACCCAGAGCAAAAUGCCGUUGUUCCCCUUCAAGACAAGAUCAGCGCCCCUGCGGAACCUGCAUCCGUAGUUGGAACGCCAAUUGUUCCUCAAGAGGAGCCUGAAUCUCCUUCAGCUCCAGUAACCACUAUGUCUACUGGGGUUGCAUCAUCUACGACAUCUGCCUUAGAAGAAAGCGCCGAGGAUGGAGAUGAGACUCUGAUAAACAAAGAUACCACAAGCGCAAUUACACUGGAGUUCGAUACUGGCGAGCUAGAGGCUGGUUUUACAACUUUAGGAACAUCGGAAGAAGCUGCAGCAAGUUCAGAAGAUUCGAUCCCAAAUUCUUUACUAGAUGAUUUAGACCAAUCAUCAAACAUCGAAACAACUGAAGCCACCACCAACACUUUAAGUUGGAUUUCCGAGGAUGAUACCACUAUCCCUACCGUUAACCAGACCGCCACAAGCACAGAAAUCGAAAUUUCAACCAUGCUCACCAAGAAUACAACUGACACCAUUUUAGCUACCACUGUCACUACCUCUGACGCUAAUGUUGAUGCUAGUGUUACAGUAGGUAUAGAAACUACAAGCUCAAUUUCUAUUGCUAAUACGACGAUGGCAGCAAGCGAUACCACCACAACUAUUACUUCUACAAUAACAACCACAAUUACUACAACAACGGUAACAACCACUAUUACUACAACAACGGCAACAACCUCUUCGACCACUACAACAGCUACCCCUACUGCUACUGCUACUGCUACUACAACGACAAUCACUACUACCACCAAUAUCCCCACCCCCACAACAACAACUACUACUACCACCACCACCACCACCACCACCACUACUACUACUACCGCAACUACUACUGCCACAGCUACCACCACUACCACCACUACCACCACUACUACAACAACAACAACUACAACAACAACUACUACUACUACUACCACUACUACUACUACCACUACUACUACUACUACUACUACUACUACUACUACUACUACNACUACUACUACUACUACUACUACUACUACUACUACUACUACUACUACUACUACUACUACUACUACUACUACUACUACUACUACUACUACUACUAGCUCCUCUCUUUUUGGAUCGUUGUGGAGCACGGAGAGUCCCAAGGAUAAUGAGGUGAACGACGAGGAGGAAAAUAUUCCACUCUCAAACAUGACUUAUCAGCAAGCUUGCGGAAGACGACCCUGGUUUAAAGUACCGAAUAGGGAAUCCCUCUACUCAGAUGGUGUCCGCAACGGUCCUUCCGAGGCUCGAAUUGGUCAGGCCAAGAUGGGCGACGACGAGCUCAAGCUUUUCUUUAACCGUGAGGAACGCUCAGUCAUGCGAUCAGGUCGGAUUGUCAACGGCCUUGCCGCAGAUUAUGGGGAGUGGCCUUGGCAGGUAUCUUUGAGGCAGUGGCGAACAGCCACGUACCUUCACAAGUGCGGAUGUGCGUUGCUGAGUGAAAAUUGGGCCAUCACCGCUGCGCAUUGCGUGGAGAACGUUUCCCCUGACGACUUGUCCCUUCGAAUGGGAGAGUAUGAUUUGAAUGGUGUGUCCGAACCCCACAAAUUUGUUGAUCGGACCGUCCAGAUCGUGGCCAGCCAUCCCAAAUUCGACCCGAAAACGUUUGAGUACGAUUUGGCGUUAUUACGCUUUUACGAACCCGUCACGUUCAGUCCAAACAUCAUUCCCAUUUGCAUCCCCGAGGACGACAAAAGCCUCGUGGGAGAGACUGCUUGGGUCACCGGAUGGGGACGUCUUUAUGAAGAUGGACCUUUGCCUUCCGUGAUGCAAGAAGUAGGCCUUCCCGUUAUCAAGAACUCGGACUGUGAACUCAUGUAUAAGGAUGCAGGCUACGUCGAGCAUAUACCAAAUAUCUUUAUCUGCGCCGGUUAUGAGGAAGGUGGAAAGGACUCAUGCGAGGGUGACAGUGGAGGUCCGAUGGUUGUGCAGAAAGAAGAUGGUCGGUUCAUGCUCUCGGGCGUGAUCAGUUGGGGCAUUGGUUGUGCCGAGAAGAACCAACCCGGGGUCUACACAAGGAUAUCUCAUUUCAAAGAUUGGAUCAAUCAGAUUCUACAAUUUUAGAGUGACUAAUUCAAAUUUGACUACGAGAUCAAUUGAGUCAAGUCGGAGGAGACUUGACUCUCAGUUUGUUACCAAUGGAAAAGUCCCAUUCCGUGAUCCAGUGAAACUAGACGCUCGAAUAUUGUGAAUCGGUGGGUCCACGUGACUAAUAAUCCUUCAAAGUGACACAUCAUGGUGAUCAUCACUAUUGAACACCUAUUGAGAUGCUACCAAAACUGGCUCUUGGUUCUUGCAUCAGUCUAACAGACUUUUUUGAUUUUUGCCUGGAAUCGUCUUUAUCCUAGACAAAUUAGCUCUAUUGUUGACUGUGAUGCUUGGAAAUAUAACACGUAAAAUGUGUGCCUUUAAGCCUGCUUGCCAUGAACCAAAACAAUGUACUCAACUCUGGCAUGGCUAUAUUUAAGUUCCACACUUUUGUAUAGAGGGAAUAAAUAACCAGAUCAAAGAUUGU